CCAAAUUUUAUUUACCAACACCUAAUACCCGCUAACCCGAAAUUUCCCAAAUUGUCAUUGUCUUCUUAAGUCAUCUUCUUCAAAUCUUCUUCUCUCAUUUAAGAUUUUUGCAAUCUUCACUCAAAUUCCCCUGUUCGCACAAAAAUCCUCCCUUCUCUUCUUUUCCUUUUCCCAAUUUCACCCCAUCUCCAUCGCCCAGGUAACUUAUGUUUCUUCUUCUUUCGUUUCUCUCUCUAUUUUCAAAAUCAGUUUUGAAAAUAGAGAGAGAAACGAAGAUUUGGGUUCAACAAAUUAGCCGUGCAAAACUGUAAUUUGGAUUUUAUGAAUAUUCUUCAACAAGAAGCUACUGAAAGAGAAUGGGAGUUCACGGUCUUUGGGACCUACUGGCUCCCGUUGGCCGUCGCGUUUCCGUAGAAACCCUUGCCGGAAAUAGACUCGCCAUCGACGCGAGCAUAUGGAUGGUCCAGUUCAUGAAGGCUAUGAGAGACGAGAAGGGAGAGAUGGUGCGGAACGCACAUUUGAUAGGCUUUUUUUGCUAAAUUUGUAAAUUAUUGUCUCUGAAGACAAAACCAGUUUUUGUCUUCGAUGGAGGACCACCGGUGCUCAAGCGCCGCACAGUCAUUGCUCGCUGGAGGCAACGUGAGAACGCCCAGGCUAAAAUCCGUAAAACUGUUGAGAAAUUGCUGAUUAAUCAUGUAACUAUUACUUAUUCAAUAAUCUUUUACGUUCUAAUAAGACAGUAGUUCAGGUUUUGUGUUUAUGUUAUGGUUAGCUGUCUUUUUCUGGCUGUUUUACUACUACUAUUAUUAUUAUAGUUUGAUUUACUUAGUGUAGUCAUAAAAUUUCUGUAUAUACUCUGUGUUUGGAGAAGGAGAUUGAACUGAAUUUAAUGUAAUUUUGGAUUCAGAAAAUGAAAAGAACAGAGUUACUAGAGAUAGACAAAUGCAUUUGUUGCAUUCAAGUGCUAGAUUGUUGUUCUUUGUGUUUGUGGUUCAGGAAUUUAAGCAUAAUUCAGUUUUGGUUUGAGUUGAGUUUGUGUUUGAUUUUUACUAAUAACUCAAGACAAUGAGGUUGAAAGAAUUGGCAAAAGAUCUUGAGGAUCAAAGAAAGAAGCAGAAUAAUGCUUCUAAGGGCGAGAAGAUUUUGUCAGACCAAAUAGCUGUCACGCGAAGAAGUCUGGGAAAAAAUGAUGCGGCUUUGGCAUCUAGCAACAAGGGAAAUCAAGAUGCAAUGCUGGCAGCACCAGCUGCUGCAAAUCUCUUUCAGGAGGAUGGUGAUGAAGAUGAAGAGAUAAUGAUGCCAAUAAUGGAUGGGAAUGUUGACCAGCCAUUAUUGCAGCUUUGCCGCCAUCAAUGCAAUGUCAUCUUACUUGUUCAGAAGCAUGAUGUUAAGGGCAAGAAGAUUUUUUAUGUUGACAACCAAGAUCAAACAGAUUUGGUGGGGAGUAAUGAGGAAAGAAGUCAUGUUGCAUCAAAGAGUUAUGAUCGUGAAAACCUUGAUGAGAUGCAAGCUGCAUAGGCAGUUGAGUUAUAAGGAUAAUUUGAUUUAUCUGCUUUCAGUGCUCUGUUUUAUUGUUUUGACAAGUGAAUUUAGAUUGGCAGCAUCUAUGGCGGUAGAGGAACAUGAAAGUUUAACUGACAAUGAAACGAUACCUGCUGGUUCAAUUCCCUUUAAGGAAGAGGAUGGUGAUGAAGAUGAAGAGGUGAUAUUGGUCAGUUUGGUUUGUUUGCUUAGGAUUAUUAUGUUCUUCAUAAGGUUUGAUGGUAUAUUCUGGAACUUUUAGGACAAUUUUAUAAGCUGUCCUUCAAACCAGAAGUCACUGGAAAGCUAUUUAAAUUUUGGAUGCUUGUUUUAUUUGUUUCCUUUUCUAAGUUCAUUCCUCAAAAGAUGUGUGGGAAGUUAGUUACGCUGUACUUAUUUGCUAGCGUACUUGACUCUGUUAUUGAAGAAAUAAAGCAAUUCCGUGGUAGUCCAUUGCAGUUUUGCAAAACUGUCGCAGAUGUAUGUAUUGUUUAUUUCCUAACUUUGGAAAUGUAUGCAUUCGAAAUCAAAAGCAUCUUAUAAAGGACAAUUUCUGAUAAUUAUGUCAUUUUUUGUGCAGAUGAGUGUGGCAGAAGCCAGAAAAGCUUGUCAAAAGUCAGUAUGGGUGGAUAAAGGAAGCAUUAGAUAGAUUAGUAGAGCAACUAACAUCGCAACGACAACAACAACCUGACGAUCAGGAAUAACUGUUAAAUCAUUCUUUGAAGCUAAUCAAGAAAAUCUGAAUUGUAAAUAGAAUGUUGUUGAAGACAAAGAGAUUACGUUUAGAGCGGAUAAACUUUAGCUCGAAGUUGUAGGGAUGGAAGCAAACAAGAAACUGUGACAACAUUGAAGAUUCCGGAUUAUAGAAAAGAACAAAGAUGUUUGCUAUUUUGUUUCUUGUUUCACUCUUUUGGAAUUGGAAUCCUGAAACUUAGAAGAUUUUGUGUUAGUGGGUAAGUAGGAAUUGUAAUGUCGGCAGUCUUUGUUAAUAAAGAAGUGUAGUUUGAUUUGGGAAACUCAGCUUUUGUUGUUUUGUUUGUUUAUAUAGUGAAGUGAAAAUGAAUCGGGGUAUUAUCAUGAAGGAAAA